AUGUCUGUGCAGACAACUCGCGCCCUCCUUUGUCUUGGGAAAUGGAGUCUUAUGGGAUUUGUACACAACAAUGAUAUCAAGAAGAUUGCUAAGCUACCUGAGGUGCCAGAGGAAGAUGGAGAUUCUGAGGGGGAAGUAGAUAUGCCGGAUGGUUGGGACACCAUUAUGUGGACAACUUGA